AUGCGCUAUGCUCUGUUAACGAGUAUUGCCAGCGUCCUUUGCGUGGGACCGCUGGCAUCUGCGAAUCCUACAUCGAAGCAUGCCAAAUUGGCAUCCUAUAUAUCGAAAGAGGGACAACGAUCUAUUGUGGGGAUCACCGAAAACCUCGGUGGUAAAGGCAGCAAGACACCAGGCACGGCCGCUGGCUUGUUCAUUGCUAGUCCUAAUAUGGCGAACCCAAAUUACUAUUAUACGUGGACUCGUGACUCGGCCCUUACAUUCAAAUGCUUGAUCGACCUGUUUGAAACUUCUGAUCAGGACUAUAUCAGUCGCAAAGAAUUGGAAACCGACAUUCGGAAUUAUGUCUCGUCACAAGCAGUGCUGCAGAAUGUAUCCAAUCCAUCUGGGACUCUGAGAGAUGGUUCCGGACUUGGUGAACCCAAGUUUGAGAUCGACCUGAACCCUUUCAGUGGUGCCUGGGGCCGACCUCAGCGUGAUGGUCCCGCCCUGCGAGCGACCGCCAUGAUCACAUACGCAGACUGGUUGAUUUCCCACGGGCAGAAAUCCGAAGCCACCAACAUCAUGUGGCCCAUCAUUGCAAAUGACUUGGCAUAUGUGGGCCAGUACUGGAACAAUACUGGUUUCGACCUCUGGGAAGAAGUUGAUGGAUCCUCCUUCUUUACCGUGGCUGUUCAACACCGUGCACUGGUCCAGGGAGCAAGUCUUGCGAAGAAGCUUGGCAAGUCGUGCCCUGCUUGCGUAUCCCAGGCACCUCAGAUUCUUUGCUUCCUUCAGAGCUUCUGGAACGGAAAUUACGUCACCGCCAACAUCAAUCUUGACACCACUCGCUCCGGUAUCGAUUUGAACUCGAUCUUGGGAAGCAUCCACACCUUUGAUCCCGAAGCUUCAUGUGAUGAUUCGACCUUCCAACCUUGCUCGGCCAGAGCUCUUGCAAACCACAAGGUCUAUGUCGAUGCGUUCCGUUCAAUCUAUGAGAUCAAUUCUGGCCUCUCGAACGGGUCAGCUGCCAAUGUUGGCCGUUACCCUGAAGAUGUUUACCAAGGCGGUAACCCAUGGUAUCUCGCCACUCUGGCAUCAGCUGAACUGCUAUACGAUGCUUUGUAUCAAUGGGACAAACUUGGCAAGCUCGAUAUUACCAAGACCUCGCUAGCUUUUUUCAAAGAUUUUGAUGCGGCCGUGAAAACAGGCACAUAUUCGGCCCAUAGCUCAACUUACAAGACUCUCACCUCGGCCAUCCGAACUUAUGCGGAUGAUUUCAUUGGUCUCGUCCAAGACUACACUCCUUCCAAUGGUUCCUUGGCCGAGCAAUAUGAUCGGAAUACCGGUGUCCCACUGUCAGCCAAUGAUCUGACUUGGUCUUAUGCUUCCUUCAUCACAGCCAUCCAGCGUCGUGCUUCCGUCGUGCCCGCCUCAUGGGGCGAGAAAUCUGCAAAUGUCGUUCCCACAACCUGCUCAGCAUCUCCUGUCACAGGAACUUACCAGGCUGCUACUUCAGUAUUCCCGACAACCACUGGAUGUGUUCCCGCAACAAGCAUUGUCCCGAUCACAUUCUACUUGACAGAGAGCACAUUCUACGGAGAAAAUGUUUACAUGACUGGCAACAUCAGUGCACUUGGCAACUGGGACACGAGCAGUGGUUUCCCUCUCACAGCAAACCUAUACACUGACUCGGACCAUUUGUGGUUUGCCAGUGUUGAGCUUGUUCCAGCGGGUACACCGUUCGAGUACAAAUACUACAAGGUAGAACCGAAUGGUACGGUUAUUUGGGAGAACGGUGAUAACAGGGUAUACGUUGCUCCUACCGGUUGUCCGAUCCAGCCUAGCCAGACCGAUGUGUGGCGUUGA